AUGGCUUCCGUAAUCACCUUUGAUCCAAAUCCACCACGGGUUUCUUCGCCGUGGCUGCUGCCCGAAGACCCGGAAAAGAAGCAUGGUGGCGCCGAACGUUCGGGCUCGGCGAGCAACGACGGCGAUUCUGAUCAGAACCAGGACACUGUCGACAGGUUGGAUGCCGAGCCGCAAGAUGGGCCGAUUGAGUACAAGCUGCAUCUUCUGUUGCGCCCGCGUCGCCGCUAUGAUGUGAUGAGCACUACUACUAGGGUCGUCGGCUCGCAGCAGUCCCGGCCGCGCCCAGUUGUAUCCCUCAAGUCUGGGAGCAGCACACCGACCACCUCAACCCAGACGCGGCAGAACCGCCUCUCGCAGUUGACAACCCAGCUACUCUGGAGGCUGCAGCAGUCUGCUCCUUAUCAUGCAAAGGCACGAAGACAGCUGGUGGUGCCUAAACUACCCGAAGAUACUGAUAACGUGGAUCUGUCUAUAUUGGAGAACCCCCAAAAACUGCUUCCGGGCCUUGAAGAAUCAAAUGGUGCAUUGUAUGAGAUUGGCGUUUCUGACGAUGGAACCUUUGUUGGGCUGACCAAGGAUGAGAUGGACGAAAGUAUGUCGACUCUCAAGAUCAUGGCGGCAAGCUUGGGCUGUCGAGUAGAAGUUCAACGGAUGAAGAUGGUGGGUAACUGCCAGUGGACCGAAAUCUCUCAUGCCGACACCGUGUCAACCAUGGAUUCCCGUGAAGCCGAUCUCUGGGUUGCCGAAGCGUUGAUCAUGCCAGUUCUUGAGCCCCAAAAAGAAUCCAAUGGCGAUGGCACAAGCUCCCAGGUGCAGUCUGACCCAUUAAAUGCAGUCAAUGUGUCUAGGACCGAGCAGCUCCGUGUUUCGUUGACCGGACCAACAACGUCUGGCAAGACUACGCUGCUUGGCACGCUGGCAAAUGGUACAUUAGACAACGGGCGAGGGAGCAGCCGUAUCAACCUUUUGAAGCACCGCCAUGAAGUUGUCUCAGGUCAAACUUCCUCUGUGGCCCAGGAACUCAUUGGCUACAAGGACGGAAAGAUCUACAACUAUGCUGGCACAAAUAUCGAGUCUUGGACAGACAUACACGACUAUGCAGAGAACGGAAGACUUGUGUUCUUCUCGGACUCGGCGGGCCAUCUUCGAUAUCGACGCACCAUAUUACGUGGGCUCGUUGGGUGGGCGCCACACUGGACAUUCUUGUGCAUCACUGCCAAUGGAAACGAGGGCACUGGCCGCGGGUCUCAUUCGUUAUCAGGCACCACUGAUGACCUGGGAGAUGGAGGACUUGAUCUUGCUAUUGCUCACCUGGACCUUUGUUUGCAGCUGGAAAUCCCCUUGGUUAUCUUGAUAACCAAGUAUGAUACAACAACCAAAGACAAGCUUAAGAGCACUCUGAACGUUAUUUUGACCAAGAUUAAAGCCAAAGGUCGAGCUCCAAAGCUGAUAAUCCCUCCGCGACCAGAUGGCGGGGAUUUGCUUGAAGUUCCCGAAACCAGCCAACUCAAGAUCGAGCAGGAUGUGAUCAAGAGCAUUGGGGAAUCAAACAAUCAUCUUUCAAUCAUCCCAUUGGUUCUUACAAGCGCAGUCACGGGCCUGGGCAUUGGUCAUAUUCAUGCUCUCUUGAAUAGCCUGCCCAUGCCUCCAGCACCGACUGCCAGAGACUUUGUUCCCCAGGUCCUGAAUCCAGAGCAGCCUGCUGCACUGUUCCAUAUUGACGACAAGUAUGAGCUUUCGAACCAUACGUCUGAUAGAAGCGCCAUUGUGAUUGCUGGCUACCUCCGUUUUGGUACGCUGCGCAUUGGGGACAAGGUGCUCCUAGGUCCAUUUCCAGCCGACGACGAGGAUGCCAGAAAUCACGUUCCGCGCGAUCAUCCGUCACCGGGAGACGGCUUGUCCAUAUCCCACCCAUCGUUUUCUGAACUCGCACGGUUCGCAUCCAAGAAUGCAGUAUCCGCCUCCAAUGUCAAGGGCGAGUGGCGCAAUGCAACCAUUGUCAACAUUCGUAACCUGCGACUGCCAGUCCGGACAAUGGAGGCCGGGCAAGCUGGAACCGUUCAAAUCGUAUUUGAUGACCCCGUGGAAGAGCCAUCUGACUCCGACUCUCUUUUUGAAAGAACGAAACCGUCAACCGGUGGAACAAUCCGCAAGGGCCAGAUCCUCGCCAUUCCUAGUCAGCACAUGCUGGACACUGGCCUGUCUUUGCAGGCAGCUUCAGGGCUGAGGGCAGUAUUCACUGAUGAAGGAGUGACCGAACUCUCAGUUGGCAACCUUGUUAAUAUCUACGUCGCCACCGUUCGUGCUGCAGCAAGAAUACUGAAAGUUAUUCGACAUUUGCCCGAGAAUGGAGCUCGAAAAGCACACAGUGAAGAGCAUGACGAUGUCUUCAGCAUGGCUGACAGCAUCGAGCUUGAUCGAUCACUUGGAGAGUCCGAUAGUGCUCCCACAAAGAACGAAUACGCUGUCACUUUGGAGCUUCUCACAAAUCGGGAAUGGAUAGAAUUGGGCUCUCGCGUCGUUUUGCUGGAAGGCGGGAAGCAGGGGAGCUCGGGAUUAGAAGGGUUCGUGGGCAAUGUGAUAGAGAUAGCCGAGUGA